GUCAGGUCUUUCUGCUCACGCUCCUCCAUCCAUGAGUGCGGAAUCUCGCUGUAUCCUCUGAAGUGCUGGGGGAGGCCGACGACACGGACUAUCUUCAGACCAGCAGAAAGAGACGGAAAACAAACUUAGUUUCCGGAGGCUCGAAACAUUUAUACAGAGGAUCGCGAGUCGCGUUUGAAGGUUUUGAUUCGUUUAGACUUUGAGAGGACUGCCGACCGAAGUAGGGACUGGGGUAAAAGUUUUUUUCCCCCCUCUACCUUCUUUCCGCACGAGUGCGAACAAAAACAGCACGGGUGGGAUUUUCGGAAGGAAAAACAGCCGAACUCGGUCGGAAAUCACUUCGUUGGGUCCGUAAGUGAGUCUUAAACGGUAUGUUACUUAACCAGAUCAUCUUGAGGCGAUCUUGAGGAAGAGCACGCGACUCUGCUGAGUACACACACACACACAUAUACACACAAACACAUACAUAUUCACGUAUUUCAAACGAUUCUCGGACGAGUCUGGAGAAAAACCGAGUGAUUUAUUGGAAAACUACGACAGAGGAAGAAAUGCGGAGUUGCGUCCAGUGACUGUUUGAUGAACUUGUGAAUCUGAUCCGGGAUCGACUCUUUUCAGAGGAUUUGUUCCAGAAAGUAAAAGCGCCGAUGUCCUAGCUGUUUUUAUGGAGAGCCGGGCUGGAUGCAGAGUUCAGAUGUAGAGAAUCCUUUGUAAUGAUGAUGAUGAUGACGACGACGAUGAAGACCAUGUUGCUGCUGAUCGCGGUACUUCUAACUCAGUCCCAAGGCAGACCGGCCACCCAAGAUGAGAUUUUAGCCCUGGAGAAGCCGAUGCCGUACACUUUGUAUCCGGGAGACAAACUGGAGCUGAACUGUAAAAAUAUAGAAGAGACACAGGAAGUGACCUGGACUAAGGACCAUGUUCUGCUCACUGAUGGAGAACACACUCGUCUGCGUAACCAUCAGAUGGAGAUCGAAGCAGUAGAGCCGGCCGACUCUGGUCUGUAUUCUUGCUUUGCUCAGGGACCCAACAGCAACUAUACCGACUACUUCAGUGUCAACGUUACAGAUGGACUGGCUUCCUCAGAAGAUGACGAAGAAGAUGAGUCUUCCUCAGAAGAGACCAAGUUACUGAGUGACCAGAAACUGCCAAUGGCGCCCGUCUGGGCUCAACCUGAUAAGAUGGAGAAGAAGCUCCACGCGGUUCCUGCCAGCAAAACCGUCAAGUUUCGUUGCCAGGUCAAUGGUUACCCUACACCAACGCUCAAGUGGCUCAAGAACGGCAAAGAGUUUAAGAAAGACCAGAGAAUAGGAGGCUACAAGGUUCGAGAGCACAUGUGGACCAUCAUAAUGGAGUCGGUGGUACCGUCAGACAAAGGCAACUACACCUGCCUGGUGGAAAACAAACACGGCAGCAUCAAUCACACCUACCAGCUGGAUGUAGUCGAGCGUUCACCGCACAGGCCGAUUCUCCAGGCCGGGUUGCCUGCUAACCGUACAGCAGUGGUGGGGACCGACGUGGAGUUUGAGUGUAAAGUCUUCAGCGAUCCUCAGCCUCACAUCCAGUGGCUGAAGCACAUCGAGGUCAAUGGCAGUAGAAUCGGCCCUGACGGACUGCCGUAUGUUCGGGUCUUGAAGCACUCUGGGGUCAACAGCUCGGACACACAGGUCUUGACGCUGUACAACGUGACAGAAGAAGAAAGUGGGGAGUAUAUAUGUAAAGUGGCCAAUUAUAUAGGCCAAGCCAACCAAUCAGCAUGGCUCACCGUCGUUAAACACAUGCAAGAAGGAAAUCCAGCCAGUACUUCGCCUUCACAGGCAAAUCAGACCUACCUGGAGGUACUGAUCUACUGCGUGGGCUUUUUCCUCAUCUGUGUGAUGGUGGUGACCGCAGUGCUGGCCAAAAUGCACAGCUCGGCCAAGAAAAGUGACUUCAACAGCCAACUGGCCGUCCACAAGCUGGCCAAGAGCAUCCCGCUGCGCAGACAGGUAACAGUGUCUGUGGACUCCAGCUCCUCCAUGCACUCAGGUGGGAUGCUGGUCCGGCCCUCGCGUCUGUCCUCCAGCGGCUCCCCUAUGCUCUCAGGGGUCUCCGAAUACGAACUGCCCCAGGACCCUCGCUGGGAGGUGGCCAGAGACAGGCUGGUUCUUGGGAAGCCGCUUGGCGAGGGCUGCUUCGGGCAGGUGAUGAUGGCCGAGGCUAUCGGGAUGGAUAAAGACAAACCCAGUCGUGUCACCAAAGUGGCUGUCAAGAUGCUCAAAUCCGACGCCACAGAGAAGGACCUGUCAGACCUCAUCUCCGAGAUGGAAAUGAUGAAGAUUAUUGGCAAACACAAGAACAUCAUCAACUUGCUGGGGGCCUGCACACAAGAUGGUCCUCUCUAUGUCAUCGUGGAGUUUGCAUCAAAGGGUAAUCUGCGGGAGUAUCUGCGUGCCCGUCGUCCGCCCGGGAUGGAGUACUGCUACAACCCCGACCAAGUGCCUGUGGAGAACAUGUCCAUCAAAGACCUGGUGUCCUGCGCUUACCAGGUGGCUCGCGGCAUGGAAUACCUCGCAUCCAAGAAGUGUAUUCACAGAGACUUGGCUGCUCGUAAUGUUCUGGUAACUGAAGAUAACGUUAUGAAGAUAGCAGACUUCGGCCUGGCCAGAGACAUCCAUCAUAUUGAUUACUACAAGAAGACCACCAAUGGUCGUUUACCGGUGAAAUGGAUGGCUCCUGAAGCUCUGUUCGACCGCAUUUACACCCAUCAGAGUGACGUGUGGUCUUUUGGGGUGCUGCUGUGGGAGAUCUUUACUCUUGGUGGCUCACCGUACCCAGGCGUCCCUGUAGAGGAGCUCUUCAAACUGCUGAAGGAAGGCCACCGCAUGGACCGCCCCUCCACGUGUACCCACGAACUGUACAUGAUGAUGAGAGAUUGCUGGCACGCCGUCCCGUCUCAGAGACCCACGUUCAAACAGCUGGUGGAGGAUCUAGACCGCACCCUCUCUAUGACGUCCAAUCAGGAGUAUCUGGACCUGUCUGUGUCUCUGGACCAGUUUUCUCCGAAUUUCCCGGACACGCGCAGCUCGACGUGCUCUUCCGGAGAAGACUCUGUGUUCUCUCACGACCCCGGCGCCGACGAGCCCUGCCUGCCCAAAUUCCCCCCUCAUCCCAACCGCGGAGUGGCGUUCAAAAAGCGCUGAGCUCCACUCGCCUUCAGUCCCUCUCCAGCGUGCUGCCCGGCUGGACUCGGCUCAUGAACUCUAGGAGACCAAGGCCGCUUCGUCACGCAGCACGCUACGGAGCGGCCGAGAGCCGAAGAGCUCGGCACGGACUUCACCGUGAGACGUUAGUUUCGCAGCUGGAAGAGAACGACCUUGGGCCUUCGCUGUGACCCCAUUACCCGUCGUUGCUAUAAAGCUACAGGGCACUUGAGCAAGAAAGCGGUACACUUUCUCAAGACUCGUCAAUAAGAAAUAUCCUCCCGCCAUUUAUAAUACCGAAGACGUCAUCAAACGAGGAGCGGAACGAUGGACGUUAGGAGCGCGUAUACGACAACAAGGACUUCCAAAAUCGCGCAGAAAACGUAUUCCGCUAAAUGCUCUGCCCGAAUGUAUUUUAACAACGGGCGCGCGGAUAUCUGACCCCCGACAGCCUUUCUUGUAAAUACAUCUAGAAAUGUAUAAAUAUGAAUAUAUAUUUACACUCCGCCCUUAUUUUUAUUACGCUAUUUGAAUUUUGUUGCUUUUUGUACCAGGAUGCGUUUAUGUAGGACUUUUUGAAGUGUAGCUUUUUUUGGAAAGAGACCGCGAAGAACUGUAGAUGAAAUUAUAUUGUCAGUGAGCCGAAAGACGGCCAGUUUUCUUACUUAAACGUCUUCGUGUCUCUCUCGUUGAUGCAGCUUGGCAGAAGCGGCUCAAAAACUGCUGCUAUCUUCCCUGAUGGUCAGACUUAAGCUAUUAUAUAUGUAUCGAAAAGGUUCUCUACUUCGCAAGUCGGCGCUUUUGUUUUGGUUUGGAAAGACCGUAGGGGAAAAAAAGAAGUAACGAGGGGACCGUACGACGGUCGAAUACGGGUGAGAUCGACGGAUCGCCCCGCGUUGCUCUAGAAAACGACGUACAAUAAAACGCUGUCACGAAACCCUUUCGUACCGCAUAAAGAACCUUGUAAAUAUCACUCUUGCUGAUGAGUUUACAACGUAAAUUGUGUUUACAGUGAAAUUGACUCUCUCAUUUACCGCAGGUUAGUAGGGCCGAUUAAAUAUUAUAAUGCGUAGCUUACAGUGUAAAAGCCGAGCGUAGCCGCUUUAUUUAUAGCUAUGCUACAGAAGCGGCGGACGCCGUUCCGGUGGGGACUGGCUCUCCGCCAGCGGCUGAUGCAUCGCUUCAUGUACUCCGCUUCAGCCAAGUGAACCCUGAUGCCCACCGCCAGGCCGAGACGAAAGCACCGGCUUUGAUUUAUACGCUUGAAAAUGUAUUUGAAGGUUGGAGAGUGUACAGCAGUUUAAAUUUAAAGCCGUUUGUCACGUUUAUGGGACGGUUGCAGUAAAUUUUAAUUCGCGGUACAUUGUUUCGUUCGGAGAGACGCGGCGCGGGUCAGCGGAUAUGGAUUCGUGAAACACUGGGUCGCAUGUCUGUUUUCUCCAAAGGCGCGCGGUUGCGAUCGGGGAUUAUCGCGUCGCGGUUUAGACGACACCGAAUUUAUGCAUCAAUAAAUGUAUCCGCUUUUAUUUUA